ACGACUCCAACUACAACCAUGAUCGCUACGACGCCGUUUUCCCCACACUUCGCGUUCACUCCGUCGCGGCCAUCGCCACUAUCCGAGCGUUCCCCGAAUGUAGCGCCAAAAAUCUUCACAUUCAGCAUGCCAGAGACCAAGAGACCGACAAAUCAACCGCGAACAUUCAAGCCAAAUCCCGUUUUCCAAACGCGUGAUGCUGCCACACAGAAGCGACGCGCUCUGUUCUUCAAUCGCGUGCAAAAGAACAGGGAGGAUAAGAAAUGGGACUCGAGGGGCGAACAGAUUCAAGGCAUGGACUACGCAUCGGAACGCAAGCGUUGGGAAGAAGAGCAAGCGCGCGAAGCACCAAACGUUGAGGACGAGAUCACCGACGAAGAAGACCUGAUACGUGCUGCGUCGUUCCAUACGAGUGAUGCUCCUCAAUCCGAGCAGGCCAUCGAAGAGGCUGAAUACCUGCGUGCACAAGAAGAGUGGGAGUUGCAGCAAUAUAUUGCCUCCAUGGAGGAAGAUGAGACGGAUAAUGCGUCACUGCAUUUUGGGAGCGACGAUGAAGAUUAUGACGCAAUUCUGAUAGAGGGUCUUUCGGCAGUAGAUGUCCCACCACGACGACCGGAUCAGAAUCUGGCCGACACGGAUGAGAUGGAUAUGACUUGA